AUGUACAGCGACAACGGAACAAAUUUCUUCGGAGCCAGGAGAUCCCUGGAUGAAAUGCAGCAGCUACUGACACAACACAAGGAUCACGUAGAGAACUCCCUAGCUGACGAAGGUAUCCAAUGGACCUUCAUCCCACCUCGUGCUCCGCAUUGGGGAGGAAAGUGGGAAUCAGCAGUUCGAUGUGUCAAACUGCAUCUUCGACGAGUCAUUGGCAGCAGCACACUAACCCAUGAGCAAAUGCGCACCUUGCUGGCGCAGAUCAGUGCGGUUGUCAACUCAAGAACCUUAUGCUACACAUCGGAUACAGACAGCAACUAUCUGUCACCAGCCCAUUUCCUGAUCGGGCGAGCAUUUAAGACGUUCCCGGAGGCGGAUCUUGGCCACAUACCUAAGUACCUGACUAGUCUUCAGCAGCGACCAAAGUGGACCAAGGCAACAACCAACAUCAAGAUUGGCAGCGUUGUGCUCGUCAAGGAGUCCAACACACUACCAGCAUCAUGGCACUUAGCGUGGGUGAUUGAAACCUACCCAGGAAGGGACAACAUCGUGCGAGCAGUAAGGCUCAAGAUGGCAUCAGGAGAAUUCACCCGGCCAAUAACUUAG